AUGAUGUCUUAUCCACCACAAUAUUAUGGAAUGCCAAAUGGUUUCCCGCACACUUCCAAUGGCCAAAAUCAACAGCACCAGUUUCCACCACAACAGCAAAGCCAAGAUCAGCAACACUAUGCGAAUCGACCGGGAGAUGCAACAAAUCCACCCAAAGGGCCGAUGCUGCCCAACGGACCACCGGCACCGAUAGUAAAUAGUCAACCAACUGUAGCCCAACCAAUGAAUGUUGUUGCAGGGGCACAACUACCCCCCAAAUCACACCCAUCCAUGUCGCCGCAAGAAGCGAUGCCGGUCCAGCAACAACCGAACAGUAACUGGGUGCAAAAUUGGGCAGCUACCAACGGGAACAGCACCACCUCGUCACGUACAUCAUCACCGGCUUUGGGAAGCAAUGGCAUGCCACCGAUGGCCGGUGUUACUAAGUUAGCUCCCACCUCGUCCGAGGCAGUCCGGGGUUACGCAAAUAUCAACAACAACAACAACAAUCUUCCGUCGAUGGCAUCUAGUCAAAGUCAAGCAGCACCGACCGUGUCUCAGGCUGCAGCUGGUUACAACGUCAGCCCGAACAAUAAUUUUUCCAGUGGGAACAAGCUGAAUGUUGCUGGUGGAGUCAAUCACGUUAACACGCCACCGAAAAGUGCAUCGGGCAUGUCGACGCCGCUGAACGCGUCUACGCCCACUUUAACCGGCCCGACCGUACUGAGCGGACAGCAGCAAGCUAUGCAAAAGCUGACGUCGAGCGUACAAGAUCUGAGUCUGCAGCGGCCACCCGUAAUGGGUAGUGUUACCCAACCGGCUGGCGCAAUCACCGUAACAAAUCAACAGAACUUCCCGCAAGCGCAACAACUUUCAACACCUAUGACUAAUGGCAACAGUGGACAGACGGGGACAAAUGUUAACAGCAGCAGUACAAUGGCUGCGUCGAAUGUUUCCACGCAAAUGGGAAUGAAUCACCAGGCAUAUGGUCACUUACCACCAGCUAUGAAUCAACAGUAUCCAUCCCCUCAACAAACGCAACCCCUUCAUCAACCGCAGCCACAGCAACAACAUCCUGUUCCAAACUCAAUGCCCCAAGGCCCACCACCACCAAUGACAAAUGGACCCGGCAGUACUAAUCAUGCGUUUCAAAAUGUUGGUGCUGGUGCGGUAACAAAGCAACAACCGCAGCCGCAACAACAAUCGCCAUCGAUGCAACAACCGCACCAGCAACAACAUCCAGCUCUUUCUCAAGGGCCACCAAUGGCGAAAGGUCUGGCCGGCACUAAUCAAAUGGCUAAUGCAGGUUUGCUCACAUCACAACAACAUCCUGCGGGCAAAUUUAAUGCUCCACCAACAACGGCACCGUUGCCUGGGAAUGUACCCAGCGCAGGACAGCAACCCCUAAUGAAAAGGCCAAUGUAUCCCCCGACGUCAAAUUUGCCUCCGUUAGGUGCGAACAGCGGCCAAGGUCAGUCUCAGACCGCUUACGGCAGUAUGCCGCAACAACCCGUUGUUCCUAUGCAGUCGCAACAACAGCAACAACAACAACAGCAACAUCAGCAACAGUAUCAGCAGCAGCAACAGUAUCAGCAACAACAGCAGCAGCAGCAGCAGCAACAGCAAAUGCAUCAGCUUCACCAGCAACAACUGCAUCAACAACAGCAUCCUCAGCAGCAAAUGCAUCAACAGCGAAAUGAUGCCGGUGGAUAUUAUCCGCGGAACGUUGUGCGCAGCGGGUUUGAUAGGUUGUGGGGUACCAACACCAUUGAUUUGCUGCAAAAUCGUAACGUUUUACCCACCGAUCGAGUUAUACCACCGCCCAUACAUUUGGUGAAUCCACUUCACAGCUCGGUCAAUUGUAAUCCCGAUAUAUUUCGAUGCACCCUGAACAAGAUACCGGAAUCGUUAUCGUUGCUGAACAAAUCGCGUUUGCCGCUGGGGUUGUUGAUUCAUCCGUUCCGAGACUUAAAUGUAAGAAAUUGUACAGAAGAGAACUUGCCGGUCAUUUCGUGUAAUGCAAUUGUGCGCUGCAAAACGUGUCGAACGUACAUAAAUCCGUUCGUGUUUUUUACUGAUAGUAAAAAGUGGCAAUGUAACCUUUGCUACCGAACUAACGAACUACCAGAAGAGUUCCAGUACGAUCCGGUCACCAAAACUUAUGGCGAUCCAACCAGAAGGCCUGAGAUCAAAUCUAGCACGAUAGAAUUUAUUGCUCCAUCGGAAUAUAUGUUGCGUCCACCACAACCGGCCAUCUAUUUGUUCCUGUUGGACGUAUCAUCGCUAGCUCAACAGUCGGGCUAUCUGUACACGGUUUGCAAUACCCUGAUGGAACAUUUGGACAAUCUUCCCGGUGAUGCCCGCACACAGGUCGGUUUCAUUGCGUACAACAGUGCUAUCCAUUUUUACAACAUUUCCGAAGAAUACAAUCAACCGCAUGAGGUGACGGUUUUGGACGUUGACGACGUUUUUCUUCCGUAUCCGGACAAUCUGCUAGUGAAUUUGAAGGAGUGCAAAGAAAUGAUCAUGCAGCUGUUGAAGCAGUUGCCGAAGCGGUUCGAACACACACACGACACUCACAGUGCACUGGGAGCAGCUUUGCAAGUUGCAUAUAAGCUGAUGAGUGCUUCCGGAGGACGAGUUACGGUGUUCCAAACGUGUUUACCAAACUAUGGUCCAGGAGCAUUGCAAUCAAGGGAAAAUCCAAACAAUCGUUCGUCGAAGGAAGUGGCCCAUUUAGGACCGGCUACUGAUUUCUACAAACGUCUUGCGUUGGAGUGCUCUGGUCAGCAGAUUGCUGUGGAUUUAUUUUUACUAAAUAGUCAAUACUGUGAUUUAGCCACUAUUUCUGGCAUUAGUAAAUUUAGUGGUGGAUGCAUGCAUCAUAUUCCGCUGUACAGUGAAACCAAGCCGCAGCUAGUGAAAACGCUACGCAAGUCUUUGGAGCGCUACCUGACGCGAAAGAUCGGGUUUGAGGCAGUGAUGCGCGUACGUUGCACGCGCGGAUUGACAAUACACACAUUCCACGGUAAUUUCUUCGUCCGCUCAACGGAUUUGCUGUCCUUGCCGAAUGUAAAUCCGGACGCCGGUUUUGGAAUGCAGAUAACGUAUGAAGAAAGUUUGACCAAAGUCAAAACGGUUUGCUUCCAAGCGGCACUGCUCUAUACGAGCAGCAAAGCGGAACGGCGCAUUCGCGUCCACACGCUUUGCAUACCGGUCACGGAAAGCUUAUCGGAGGUGAUGUACUCGGCCGAUCCGCAGUGCAUAGUUGGGCUGCUCUCGAAGAUGGCCGUCGACCGUUCGGUUACCUCAAGCCUGUCAGAUGCCAGAGAUGCCUUUGUUAAUGCGACCGUCGAUAUAAUUAGCGCGUUUAGGCUAGUCCAAAAUCUGGCACAAACUUCAAGCAAAUUGGUGGUACCAGAAAAUCUGAAACUGUUGCCUUUGUACAUUUUGGCUAUGUUGAAGCAUCCCGCUUUUCGAACCGGAACCAGCACUCGGUUAGACGAUCGCGUGUUUGCUAUGAGUGAAAUGAAAUCGCUUCCGUUGGAUCAACUGAUACGUUACAUCUAUCCGGAUUUCUAUCUAUUAGAUUGUUUGUUCGUGUCCGGCAGCAACGGUUACGUUGACGAUGGGCACAAGCUGGAGCCCAUCCGGUUGCAGUUAUCGGCAGAGAAGCUUGAUUCUCGAUCCAUGUUUUUGCUUGAUUGUGGCCCAUUCAUGUAUAUUUAUAUCGGUUCUAAUGUGGCAUCUAGCAUUGUGCAGGACAUUUUAGGAUACAAUUCAGUUGCCGAAAUACCUGAUUUCUGCAUUGAGCUACCGAGCCGCAAGACGAAAGCAAGCGAAGCUCUAUUGACUUUCCUGGAAAGCAUUGACGACGAAAAGCCGUACGCGUCUUAUGUGCAAGUGAUUCGUGAUACUAGCCAAUUUAGAUCGGUGAUGAUUGAAAAGUUCGUAGAUGAUCGCAAUCCAAAUUCACUGUCGUACUAUGAGUUCUUGCAGCAUUUAAGUGCACAGGUAAAGUAA